CCUGGCAGACACUGGAGCCACGAUGAAGCCCCCAAGGCCUGUCCGUACCUGCAGCAAAGUUCUCGUCCUGCUUUCACUGCUGGCCAUCCACCAGACCACUACUGCCGAAAAGAAUGGCAUCGACAUCUACAGCCUCACCGUGGACUCCAGGGUCUCAUCCCGAUUUGCCCACACGGUCGUCACCAGCCGAGUGGUCAAUAGGGCCAAUACUGUGCAGGAGGCCACCUUCCAGAUGGAGCUGCCCAAGAAAGCCUUCAUCACCAACUUCUCCAUGAUCAUCGAUGGCAUGACCUACCCAGGGAUCAUCAAGGAGAAGGCUGAAGCCCAGGCACAGUACAGCACAGCAGUGGCCAAGGGAAAGAGCGCUGGCCUCGUCAAGGCCACCGGGAGAAACAUGGAGCAGUUCCAGGUGUCGGUCAGUGUGGCUCCCAAUGCCAAGAUCACCUUUGAGCUGGUCUAUGAGGAGCUGCUCAAGCGGCGUUUGGGGGUGUACGAGCUGCUGCUGAAAGUGCGGCCCCAGCAGCUGGUCAAGCACCUGCAGAUGGACAUUCACAUCUUCGAGCCCCAGGGCAUCAGCUUUCUGGAGACAGAGAGCACCUUCAUGACCAACCAGCUGGUAGACGCCCUCACCACCUGGCAGAAUAAGACCAAGGCUCACAUCCGGUUCAAGCCAACAGUUUCCCAGCAGCAAAAGUCCCCAGAGCAGCAAGAAACAGUCCUGGACGGCAACCUCAUUAUCCGCUAUGAUGUGGACCGGGCCGUCUCCGGGGGCUCCAUUCAGAUCGAGAACGGCUACUUUGUACACUACUUUGCCCCCGAGGGCCUAACCACAAUGCCCAAGAAUGUGGUCUUUGUCAUUGACAAGAGUGGCUCCAUGAGUGGCAGGAAAAUCCAGCAGACCCGGGAAGCCCUAAUCAAGAUCCUGGAUGACCUCAGCCCCAGAGACCAGUUCAACCUCAUCGUCUUCAGUACAGAAGCAAGUCAGUGGAGACCAUCACUGGUGCCAGCCUCAGCCGAGAACGUGAACAAGGCCAGGAGCUUUGCUGUGGGCAUCCAGGCCCUGGGAGGGACCAACAUCAAUGAUGCAAUGCUGAUGGCCGUGCAGUUGCUGGACAGCAGCAACCAGGAGGAGCAGCUGCCUGAAGGGAGUGUCUCACUCAUCAUCCUGCUCACCGAUGGCGACCCCACUGUGGGGGAGACUAACCCCAGGAGCAUCCAGAAUAACGUGCGGGAAGCUGUAAGUGGCCGGUACAGCCUCUUCUGCCUGGGCUUCGGUUUCGACGUCAGCUAUGCCUUCCUGGAGAAGCUGGCACUGGACAAUGGCGGCCUGGCCCGGCGCAUCCAUGAGGACUCAGACUCCGCCCUGCAGCUCCAGGACUUCUACCAGGAAGUGGCCAACCCACUGCUGACAGCAGUGACCUUCGAGUACCCAAGCAAUGCCGUGGAGGAGGUCACUCAGAACAACUUCCGGCUCCUCUUCAAGGGCUCAGAGAUGGUGGUGGCUGGGAAGCUCCAGGACCGGGGGCCUGAUGUGCUCACAGCCACAGUCAGUGGGAAGCUGCCUACACAGAACAUCACUUUCCAAACGGAGUCCAGUGUGGCAGAGCAGGAGGCGGAGUUCCAGAGCCCCAAGUAUAUCUUCCGCAACUUCAUGGAAAGGCUCUGGGCAUACCUGACUAUCCAGCAGCUGCUGGAGCAAACUGUCUCCGCAUCCGAUGCUGAUCAGCAGGCCCUCCGGAACCAAGCGCUGAAUUUAUCACUUGCCUACAGCUUUGUCACGCCUCUCACAUCUAUGGUAGUCACCAAACCCGAUGACCAAGAGCAGUCUCAAGUUGCUGAGAAGCCCAUGGAAGGCGAAAGUAGAAACAGGAAUGUCCACUCAGGUUCCACUUUCUUCAAAUAUUAUCUCCAGGGAGCAAAAAUACCAAAACCAGGACUUGACCACACAGAGGCUUCCUUUUCUCCAAGAAGAGGAUGGAAUAGACAAGCUGGAGCUGCUGGCUCCCGGAUGAAUUUCAGACCUGGGGUUCUCAGCUCCAGGCAACUUGGACUCCCAGGACCUCCUGAUGUUCCUGACCAUGCUGCUUACCACCCCUUCCGCCGUCUGGCCAUCUUGCCUGCUUCAGCACCACCAGCCACCUCAAAUCCUGAUCCAGCUGUGUCUCGUGUCAUGAAUAUCAAAAUCAAAGAAACAACCAUGACAACCCAAACCCCAGCCCCCAUACAGGCUCCCUCUGCCAUCCUGCCACUGCCUGGGCAGAGCGUGGAGCGGCUCUGUGUGGACCCCAGACACCGCCAGGGGCCAGUGAACCUGCUCUCAGACCCUGAGCAAGGGGUUGAGGUGACUGGCCAGUAUGAGAGGGAGAAGGCUGGGUUCUCAUGGAUCGAAGUGACCUUCAAGAACCCCCCGGUACGGGUUCACGCAUCCCCUGAACACGUGGUGGUGACUCGGAACCGAAGAAGCUCUGCAUACAAGUGGAAGGAGACGCUGUUCUCAGUGAUGCCCGGCCUGAAGAUGACCAUGGACAAGACGGGUCUCCUGCUGCUCAGUGACCCAGACAAAGUGACCAUCGGCCUGUUGUUCUGGGAUGGCCGUGGGGAGGGGCUCCGGCUCCUUCUGCGUGACACUGACCGCUUCUCCAGCCACGUUGGAGGGACCCUUGGCCAGUUUUACCAGGAGGUGCUCUGGGGAUCUCCAGCAGCAUCAGAUGACGGCAGACGCACGCUGAGGGUUCAGGGCAAUGACCACUCUGCCACCAGAGAGCGCAGGCUGGAUUACCAGGAGGGGCCCCCGGGAGUGGAGAUUUCCUGCUGGUCUGUGGAGCUGUAGUUCUGAUGGAAGGAGCUGUGCCCACCCUGUACACUUGGCUUCCCCCUGCAACUGCAGGGCCGCUUCUGGGGCCUGGACCACCAUGGGGAGGAAGAGUCCCACUCAUUACAAAUAAAGAAAGGUGGUGUGAGCCUGGGAA